GUGACAACCCGCCAGUUUGUGACUUUUAUGUUUGACUUCAGCCACAGUGGGGUUUUUGGGGGUUUUUUUCAUAGUGUGUAGGGAUCAAAAACAAGGAAAUUAAAUAGGGUGUUUUGACUUGUAAUGACGCGGCGACACACAAGACAAGCGCAGUUUUUCGAUUGCCUGAAGUGUCAGAGAAACACUCGGUUUCAAGGCUGCCAUUCAGAGAUCUUGAGGGAUCAACACAGUACAUGACAUAAUGGCUGUCACAUGUUGGACGCACCUGCUGCUGUUGUGUCUGUGUUGCCAUUAUGAGAUCCAGUCUGCCGAAUGCAAACCUACAUGGAUGUCGCUGCAGUUCCCUUGUGACGUCACAGCCCACAACAGCUCGAAGGUCAUAUUCGACUGCAAAGGACGUCAUCUGCACAGAGUUCCUGAUGGGAUAACGAGCAAUGCCACCGAUCUCAACUUAUCUGAAAACUACAUCGGCAUUAUUACAGCUCAUGCAUUUUCUAACCUUCAGAAUCUGACUCAGCUCAACCUCAACUGGGCAAGCAGGAAGACGGUACUGGUCAUUGCCGCGAAUGCUCUCAAAAAUCUUACAAAACUGCAUCAGCUGAGACUCACCGGCAACAGUCUGGAUGCCAUUCCACGCAAUAUCCCCCUCUCUGUUGAUCUCCUUGAGCUAAGCAACAACAAGAUCAUGUUGGUGGAUAACAGCAGCCUCACAGGCAUAACAAACGUGACGAAACUGUGGUUGGCCAGAAACUGCUACAUGUGGAAUCCUUGUGGUAGAUCUGUCGUUAUAAUGGACAACAGUUUUGCAGUCAUGACCAAACUGCAGAUGCUCGAUUUGUCCCAAAACAACUUAACCCAGGUUCCCAAAGGAUUACCUCAGUCCCUUUACCAAUUAAACCUGGGCUCUAACAAAAUAGAGUACAUAGCUGAAGAUCAUUUUCAUGCGUUACAUAAUUUAACAAUUCUAGGACUGCAGGGGAACUGUCCAAGAUGUCAAAAUGCUCCAUUUCCCUGUGUGCCUUGUCAAAACGAUUCUCUCAGCAUUCAUCCUGCUGCAUUUCGAAAUCUAGCAAAGCUUAAGACAUUGAACCUGGGAGGGAACUCGCUGCAGCACCUGAAUCCCUCUUGGUUUGAGAGCCUGGGCAACCUUAGAGAACUGUUUCUGUCAUUUAACUUCUUGCUAAAAACAAUUACCGAGGAGGCCACAUUUCUAAGAUACCUGCCCAAGCUACGUAAAAUCGAUCUGUCUUUCAACUUUGCUCUCAAGAUCUACCCACACACAGUCAACCUUUCAAAAGAGUUUUCCAAUCUUGUGUCACUAAGAACUUUGCAUAUGGAGGGUUUGGUCUUCCAGAACAUUGAAGCAGGCACCCUCAAACCUCUGUAUGAGCUCAAAAAUCUGUCUUCGCUAAACUUGGGCACAAACUUCAUCAUUCAUUCUGAUUCAACCAUAUUCAGCAAAUUCCACCACUUGAAAAUGAUAUAUCUCGCAGAAAACAGGCUGUUUCCCACUCCAGAGGUCCCGCAUCCGAGCAAUGGGUACAAUCAGCGGUUGGAUCUUUCUGUUUCGCCGUUCAGAAAAUCCCAUUCAAAAGACUAUGAUUAUGAGUUAUCCCACAGGCUUAUAAAGCAAGAGUGCUUUGACUCUGGACGAGUGCUAAUCCUCAGCUCAAAUAAUCUCUUCUUCAUUUCUCCACACCAGUUCGAGGGCUAUGGAGAUAUCGCGUGCCUCAACCUCUCAGGAAAUGGAUUUUCAGCUGCACCUAAUGGCACAGAGUUCUCCAGCCUGCCUAAUCUAACAUACCUGGACCUGUCCUACAAUAAGAUAGAUCUGGCCUAUGACAACGCCUUCAAAGAGCUCCAGAAACUACAAGUGCUAGACCUCAGUUACAAUGAGCACUACUUUCAAGCUUUUGGGAUUACACACAAUUUAGAUUUUACAAAAAAUCUGCCCGUUCUGAGAGUGCUGAAUAUGAGCCACAACUCCAUUUUCACACUGACAACAAAAAAGAUGUACAGCCAAUCAUUAGCAGAGCUUCAGUUUACAUAUAAUCAUCUUGGGACUCUUUGGAAAGAAAAGGAUGGCUCUUAUAAGACACUUUUUACUAAUCUUAUCAAUUUGACACUGUUGGAUAUAUCUCACAACAACAUUGCAAAGAUUCCAGAUGACGUUUAUGAACAUUUACCAUAUAACCUCACCACAUUACACAUCAGUCAUAACAAACUGAUUGAGUUUGCAUGGCACAACCUAAAGUAUUUCCAUCAACUUCAAAUUUUAGACCUGAGCUUCAAUUCUUUAUCUCAUGUGACAAGUAUCAACUCCAGCAUCAUCCAUACUUUGACUCACCUUGACCUGAGCCACAAUAACAUUUUCCACUUAGACAAUGGAUUCAUACAGGGUCCCAGAAGCCUUAAGACUCUCAGCCUUAGCUACAACAAACUCCCAACCAUCAAUCGAUCUACCUUCCUGUCAGGACCUGAAAACCCGAUAAAGACUUUGUUCUUGCAGAAAAACCCAUUCCAAUGUACGUGUGAUUCGUUAGAUUUUAUUUUAUGGAUUGAAGAAAGCAAAAUAAAGUUUCCUAGACUGACCACUGACGUGACAUGUGACACACGAGUAAACCAGACGGUUCAACUGCUGAUAAACUUUGAUAUUACUCAGUGUGUAAAUGAUAGUCUUGCAUUCCAGAUCUACAUUCUCACAACUUUCUUCAUUAUUGUUUUUAUGUUUACGGCAACAGUUGCUCACUUGUUUUACUGGGAUGCUUUCUACGCCCUACACUAUGUGAAAGCUAAGCUGAAGGGAUACAGAUCUUUUUACUCAACAGACAGUUGUUAUGAUGUUUUUGUGACAUAUGACACCACAGAUCCACAUGUCUCCGAGUGGGUGAUGGGGAAUCUGCGGGUGAAACUGGAAGAGGAAGGAGAGAAGCAUCAUCCUCUGUGCCUGGAGGAGAGGGAUUGGCCCCCAGGAGUCCCACUGCUGGACAACCUCACUCAGAGCAUCCAAUAUAGUCGCAAGACCCUGUUUGUUUUGACAGAGGGCUAUGUUAAGACCGGGGUUUUCAAGCUGGCUAUGUAUCUGGCCCACCAAAGACUGCUGGAUGAAAGUGUGGACGUGAUCGUGCUGCUGAUGCUGGAGCCCGUUCUGCAGCAUUCUCACUUCCUGCGCCUGAGGAGGACACUGUGCGAGAAAAGCGUUGUGGAGUGGCCGAGAACGGCGGCCGCAGAACCCUGGUUCUGGCAAAACCUGAGGAACGUCGUAAGAGUAGACAAUCAGGUCAUGUACAGCAAGAGAUAUUCAAAGUACUUCACCAACAGAUGAAAGCUGAGUGAUGACAGCGUGGGACGGAUUUAUGAUGUGGUGUGCUUGUUUUGAAACCACCGCUGGUUUGUUGCUACUUUUAUGACAUUGCCUUGGAUUUACAUGCAAAACAAGUAAUGACAUGAUUUCCUAAUUUUUGCUUAAGCAGCAUGAUACUGAAUCUCCUGUAACUUGUGUGCAAAUAAUACAGUGUAUAAAUAAACCACUCUGUUUCACAUCUG